GAAAUUGAUAUAUAUAUAUAUAUAUAUAAUGUUGCCUCUAGGAUUCAUUGAAGUACCAAAAAAGAAAAGGGGAGUUCUAAGAUUCAUUUGAUGAAAUUUGGUUCAAAAUGGUGGCUCCAAUAUCCCCAGUAAACCUUUAUAGCUUAGAACAUCUAAUCCAUGGAGCUUCCUGCAGGUUCGCGCAUUCUCGAGAUCAUGCCACUGUACAUUUCAGCUUGGUAUUUGCCAUAUUCAUUCUGCUUAUCUUUUAUCUCCUUGCAUUCAAGUUUCAAUUCCCUGCAAUGUUUAGAGCAAAUUAUAAGAAGAGGAAAACAACAUUCUGUCAGGGACAGAUAACAAAUAUGAAUGGGAAAGAGGAAGGGGGCUGCAGGGAUGUAUAUCUACCUGUUGCUUGGAUCAAGGGUCAAUGCUCUCUUGAUAUCUACCUCAGCUUUCUCUAAUUCUGAGAGGUUUAGGUACGCUUGGGACCUUCUGAAGAGAGCCUUCACAUUCAGUGGAUCAACCUCUAAGACCUGUCACAAGCCAAAACAUUCCAAAGGAGAGUAAGCAGGCUGCAGGCUACAUAAGAUGGAGAUCUUGAGUUAUAUAUAAUGGGGCGCGAUAUCUUCAUCUAAC